GAAGUAAACAAUACAGGAGCUAGUAGCGUUAGCUGCCGGGUGUCCUGUGUAUAGAAGAAGCUUCUCAGCAGGAAAAUGACUCGUCUGACUUGUAAUUCAGUUGAGAGUUUGAGAGAGUUAAUCAACGAGCGACUAACUGCUGCUGCUGAAGAAAUAUUCCGAGUUUUUCAUAAAACUAUCGUCGAGUAUGAAACAGAGAUCGACCGUCAGCGCAGACUGCUGGAUAUCAUUUGGAAACCUGAGAUAAGGUUACAGAGAACAGAGCUCCCACAGCAACAUGUCUGGAAGGAAGAGGAGGUUCUGGCUGACCAGGAGAGGAACUCCAGUCUGGACCAAGAGGAGCCAGAACCUCCACAGAUUAAAGAGGAAGAGGAGGAAGUCUGCAGCAGUCUGGAGGGAGAACAGCUGCUACUGAAGCAGGAGACUGAAACCUUUAUGUUGACUCCUACAUGUGAGCAAAGUGACAACAGUGAAGAUCAGACUGUGGACUUGAGUCCUGAUGAAACUCAGAGUGCAGCAGAGGAAGAGCAUGUUGUCAGCAUGUCAGUUAAAAGCUCUGUGGAACCAGAACCAACCAGCGAGGACCAGCUGCUCCAUCACAACUCUCGUGUAGCUGAGAGCCGAGAUCACGGAGACGCCACCACAUUAAAGACUCACAGUUACACAGACAAACAGUGUUUUAAAUGUGACACAUGUGGGAAAUGUUUUCAGUACAAGUCCAAAUUGCACACACAUCUGAGAGUCCACACGGGUGAGAAACUGUACCCGUGUAACAUCUGCGGGAGGAAAUUUAGCGACAUGACAACAGUGAAAAGGCACAUGAGAACACACACGGGCGAGAAACCGUAUCCGUGUAACACGUGCGAGAAAAGGUUCUCCCAGCUGUGCGUAUUAAAACGGCAUCUAAGAACACACACGGGUGAGAAGCCGUAUCCGUGCAACACCUGCGGGAGAAGAUUUAGUGACAUGACAACAGUGAAAAGACAUAUAAGGACACACACGGGUGAGAAGCCGUACCCGUGUAACACUUGUGAGAAAAGAUUUUCUCAGCCGUGGGUGUUAAACCUGCAUAUGACGGUGCACACGGGUGAGAAACCGUAUACCUGCAACACCUGUGGGAAAGGAUUCUGUCGAAUGGCGCACUUGAAAAAGCACACGAGAGUCCACACGGGUGAGAAGCCGUACUCGUGUAACACUUGUGAGAAAAGAUUCUGUAAGAUGGAAGCUUUAAAACUGCACAUGAGAAUCCACGCGGGGGAGGAUCCGUAUUGCAAAACUGCAAAACUGGAGGACGAGAAUUCAGAUUUAGUUAUCAGUUGAAGAUCGUACGCAGCGGGAAAAGAUCAGUCAGAUAUCAGAUUAGAAAAGGAACAUAAGAAUCAAUCAAUCAAUCAAUUUUUAUUUAUAUAGCGCCAUAUCACAACAGAAGUCAUCUCAAGGUACUUUUCACAUAGAGCGGGUCAAGACCUUUAAUUAACAGAGACCCAACAAUUCCCCCAUGAGCAGCACUUGGCGACAGCGGUAAGGAAAAACUCCCCUUUAACAG